UCAUAUUGCCAUAUAUUUCCCAUAUAAAAGCACCGCUGCUUCGUGUUUUCGUUGCGUUUUAAAAAAAUCUCGAACAAAAUAUGACAAAAAAACAUCGGAUAAAUCGCCGGGCAGAAAAAUCACGGUUUCCAGUGAAAAACUACUGAUACUUAUCAAAUUACUGAAAAACACACAUAUAUUUUCAUUCGAAACGAGAAUCAAAUCGACGAAAAGAGCCAAGCACACAAAUAAAAGUUUACUCCUGCUGCAGCUGCCUUAACGAUGCAACGAUGUGACAGGCGGCAGCAGCAGCAGCAGCCAAAGUGCCAGGAGCAACAUCAGCGGGAAAACCAGCUGCAGCAUCGAAACUUGCACCGGGAACAGCAAUAGUCCAGGCCUAAAAUUAUACACAGAACAAUUGAAAUGACUAAGAUUUAAAGUUUAGCAACAGCAGCUUAUUAACGGGCAGCUAAUGUCACAUUUUUAAAUAUUUAAAUUAAAGUCGAUGUAAUGUAAUCUUCUAUCAGCGAGGACAGCAACCGUUCGAAAGUGUACAGCCGAUACCCGAACCGCUCAGCACAAACAUUUCGAAAAGGGCAGCGGCAAUAACAAAAACCACCACAGUAAUUAAGGCAGACAGCGAUUAGACUAAUACAAUUUUAAGAUAAAGAAGGAAAAAUCAAAACUUCUAAACGCAAAAGGUGAAAAAAGGAGUUUUCGAAUUGAGCGAAGACAGCAACCAAGCGGUGAAGUCAGCGGAUACACCAACAUAUUAAGCUUCUGGCGACUGAAGAGGUGUCCCAAGGAGUAGCUUAAAGAACAGGCUGAGGAGAGCGACAGACUGAAACGAAGUCAACAGGAGGAGGAUCAGGAAGAGAGGGAUAAUGCCCAGCACGGCGGGCAGUGCAGCGGGCGUUGGGAUGGGAGCUCUAAUCAAUAAUGCCGGCAGUAGCGCCAGCAGUGUCAUGGGCAUCGGCCUGGGAAGAGCAGCUGCCACGGGAGCAGGAGCUGGGGCACCAGGGGCAGCUAGUGCUGGAGCAGAGGCUUCUGCUGGCACUCUAAUUGCCCAGAGCACGGCAGGAACGAGCGCGGCCAGCAGCGGUACGAUCACCUGGGACAAUAAUGGAACCCUGCGAUCGAUCAAUCCCGGCGACUGGUCCAUCGAACAGUGCCUCGGACCACAUCACCUGUACUUUCAGCUCGGCUGGGCCUUCCUCUUCCUGGCUUUUUUGGCCCCCCAUGGUCCCUACGGAGCCCUGUGGAUGCGGGCCAUGCUGCUCAUUGGCUGCCUAAUGAUGGGCAUGCACGGCUAUCUGGUGGCCUGUGCACCGGAUGUGGUCUUGUGGUCCGGCAUGGGACUCUUCGUCAACUUCAUCUAUCUCGUCGUGGUGCUAUGCCGGCUGAGGCCCGUCAGAUUCGAGCAGGAAAUCGAGGCGGUGUAUCUGGCACUUUUCCAGCCGCUGCACGUGACUCGCCACCAGUUCAAGAAGGUGCUCAACUGCAUGAAGGUGAUACGUGCAUUGAAGUACCAGGAGGUCUAUGCCCAGGAGAAGGUCACCAAGGUCGACAGCCUGUCGCUGGUGUUGAGUGGCAAGUUGGUGGUGUCGCAGCAUCAGCGAGCCCUGCACAUUGUGUUUCCCCAUCAGUUCCUAGACUCGCCGGAAUGGUUUGGCGUCUCGACCGAUGACUACUUUCAGGUCUCCAUCAUGGCCAUGGAGGAGUCGCGGGUGCUGAUCUGGCACCGCGACAAGCUCAAACUGUCAAUUAUGGCCGAGCCUUUCUUGCAGACCGUCUUCGAUCACAUUCUCGGUCGGGAUGUGGUCAAGAAGCUGAUGCAGGUCACCCAGGUGAGCGAAUCGAUAGCCAGCAAUGGCUUCCUGCCUUCGGGAGGAUAUGCGGAGGAUGCGGAGGACAAGCCCAUGUUGAUACUCAAGAAGAGUGUGGACGUGGGCCACGGACUGACGGCCCUGAUCAACCGGCAGCUACAGGAAGAGCAUGUUCCUUUACUUGGUCGCACGUACAAACAACAACAACAACAACAACUACUACUACUGCAACAACAUCAACAACAACAACAACUCGUACAAGAAGCUACAACAACAACAACAAGCGCCAACAACAUCGAGCAAAGUGCAAUCUGAAAUUAUGCAACCGCCUCGCCGCUGCUCAACUUGCCACGAACCGAAUUCAGAGCACUCCUCCGCCCCUUCACCUUUGACCCUGCACAACAACAACAACAACAAUAAUAAGAACAACAAGAACAACACCAUCACCACCCACACAAGCAAACAAUCAUCAAUCAUCGGUCAGCUAUCAGCUAUCAAUCACAAGCAGCAACAACAGCAACAUCGCGAUCACCAGAAAAGAGCUGUCGAAAAAAUCUGGAAGCUAUCCAUCUAAAACCGCAUCUUGAAUCCCACAUAUAAUCAUCUCAUAUCUAGUAUUUAGUAUAGUAACUAGCACUAGCUAAACAAACAUCUAACACAUCUAAUCGUUCUAUUAGCCAACUUUGUAUCCAUCAGCCAGUCACUUGAUUUUUAAUGUAAACUUUUUGUCUUGGGAAACAUAAACUUUCCAUGCCAGCGGAAAAGGCAGGGUUGACAGGUCAAGGGAGUAUUUGCCACUGAGCAGUCCCUUUGAUUAAGUAAGCAUGAAAACGCUCUUGAAGUAAUCUUAGAUUAUAUAACUGAUGUUAGUAAUACCUCUAAAAACCCAAUUAAGACAUAUGAAAUCAAAAAGGAAACUUGCUGACACGGCAGCAACGACGUUAUAAAUGAUUCAACACGCUCCCUGGAUCCUUGGCAAAAAAGAGUAUCGUUAGCCGCAAGUCAAACCAGUUGUAAGAAUUGUAAUUUAUUUAGACUUAUCAUGGCUGUAAGCUGAGUUGCAGUCAGACAAGACACUUGAUUGCUCAUGAAUUAGUUUCGGUUUGAGUGGGCUUUUCGAUUGAACACGAACAGACGGCUAGCCAAGGUUUAGACUUUAAAUUAAUUGAUUUUGGUUUUCAUUUCAAAUUGAGUUUAUUAAUAUUUCAAAUAGAACAUAAAGCAUAUUAGUGAUUUUUAAAGAUUUUAUGGUAAAUGUAUUAUCAGCAAGUUCAUUUUACAAGGGACUAAUCAUGGAUACUAACAAGUUAAGAUAGUCAUUGUGAGUAGUUUGGGAACAGCAGGUUUGAUCAACAGCACUUGAGUUUCAGGUUAAUACUUAAGAACUCAAGAUCGAUCGGCCUGCUGACAGGUGAUAAAUGAACUUUUCCGCUGGCCCAAGAGUUUUUUUUUUUCAAUUGGUUUGCAUUUAAUGGAAAUUUACUGUGCUGGCACAUCCAUCAACCCUAUUAUACCUUCCAUUAACACAUUAUCUUUUUUUUUUUCUAUAGUAUUUCUAUGCCUUGAUUUGUUGAUUGAUUUGCAUACAAAUUGAGCUUGAAGAAAGCGUGAAAACUAAUUAGAAUUAAUGUCGAAUAAUAUUUGAUAAUGUUAAGCAAUACAUAGCCUAAGUUCUUGUACAUACGCUAUAUAUCUACAUAUAUAUAUAUGUAUAUAUAUAUAUAAUAUAUAUAUAUGUCUGCUGUACAUAACCCCGCAAAUCCGAGAACCCCUAAUCCAAUGCUACCCCGAGAAAGUGUAAUAAACAAAUAGGAAUCAAUGUGAAUGUAAACAAGCCAAAAACGAAAAACGAAAACUAAUAAAAAAACGCAUAUAAUAUAAUAUCGAGAUGAAGUAUUGAGAUUAAUCCGCUAAGUUUUUUAAGAGGCAACCAACCUAUUCACAGGCACGCGCUCGGCCAUUUGACAUCAUUAAAGGCAUUGAUAUGUUUUUUAUUUUAAUUCGCUUUAUUUGGCCAGCCGCCACGAGGAAAAACAAAACAAUACUUGUUAUUUAAUUAAACAAUUUGUC